AUGGAUGCUUGUCACCUUUUAUUGGGAAGGCCAUGGCAAUAUGAUAGGAAUGCUUUGCACAAGGGAAAGAAGAACACAUACAGCUUCAUGUUUGGUAGUACAAAGAUAGUCCUUGUUCCAUGCAAAGAGGUUGAUCCUAAACCUACUAAAAGGGGAGGGUUUCAACCUUUUGGCAGGAAGGUUAUGGAAGAUGCAGCAGAUUCUAGACUUGUCUAUGUUCUGAUUGGCAAGGAGUUUGCAACAAAUAGUCCGAUUCCAGAAUCAGUUAGACCGUUGGUUGAAAAGUUUCGGGAUGUGUUUCCCGAUGAUUUGCCUGAAGAGUUGCCACCUCUGCGUGACAUACAACAUCAGAUUGACUUGGUUUCGGGUUCAAAUUUACCUAAUUGGCCACAUUAUCGAAUGAGUCCGAAGAAGCACGAGGAGCUUCCGCGAUAA